AUGUCGAAACUCUCAGUCGGUCUCAAGGCCCUCAUAAAUAGCCCAGCAGCCCGCCCUCACACCGUCCCCGCGCCUAAGAAUAUCACCGCCAUCUACCAGGACAUUCAGCAAUCCGCCAAGGCAAACAAUGUGUCGCAGCCGUCGUGGUUGGCUCUCAGCAACAAUGACCAUGAACUCCCCCCCGAAUCCCUCGCCGCCCUCUUCACCCUCGCAACAACCUCGGCCCCAACUUCCACCACCACACCCACAGACCUCGAGAUCGCCGAACUAAUGCGCGAAGUCGGGCUCAAAUGCAUAAGUUUCAAUGGUAUCCCACGAACAAUAAACAGCCUAAACGCCUUCAAAACAGCCCUCCCCGACACAAUCGCCGACAACCUCUCCAAAACCCCCACCCGCACACCCACACCUGAAAACAUCUCCUCCAUCAAAGAUCGCGGCCACGCCCUCUGGGACUCAAUCUAUCGCCCCUUUGAGAAAAAGCUCUACAACCGCCUCGCAGACUCGCACCCCGAUUUGCCCGUCAUUAUUCUGAAUAGCCACUACGGCGCAUUACUCUCGGACCCCGCGGGGCGGGAGCGCAGUGCCAACGCUGCAGCGGGUCGUGUUCUCACUUCUAUCGUGGCAAUUGCGUGCUUGCGCGCGCAGUCUGGCGUAGCGCCGCAGGUUUUAUCGCAUGUUUUCGGUCUGCGGAAGGCGCUUGAGGAUGGGUCUUGGGCGAGUGAUGUUGAGAGUGAGAGUGGGGCGCGGUGGUUGGCGAGUGAUGAGGGGAAUGAGUGGAUAUUGAAUAGCGUGGAUAAGAUUGUGAAGGCUAUUGGGCAGGGGCAGGGGUCUAACUUUGCUCCUAUGGCGAAGUUGUAG